CCCUUCCUGGAAGUCAGGGGGGUAGAUUUGGGUAUGGACGGUACGGACAUGUCCCUACCGAUAUCUGCAUCGCCCUAGCGAGUACCAUGUGUGCUUCGGAAGGACGUUGGUUCGGGGCUGAUCUGGUCCCUAAAGAAAUCAAACUUCAGCUCUUCUGGGAAGUAUGUCUUUCUAGAAAGAGUGGGUGUAAAAGAAUCUUAAUAUUCUUGGAGAAGGACACUGACGCAACUGGGCAGUACCGUUCAAUACGAGUAAGCCACAUGACGUUUUUUUUCCUUUCGUUUAAUUUAAUUAUUUUUUUUAAAUCGGGAAAGUUCAGAAACAUCAACUCAAACAUCGAAUAUAACAUCCGCAAAUUCCCGGUGCCAUGAACAGCACUUGUGAGCUGUCCCGGGCAUCAGGACUUCUACAGCCCAUGUGGGACAGCUUCCUCCUGCAUCGCCACAUCUUGCGGUCGCCCUUCUUGCCCGCCAUCCUCGCCUUCUGCGUGCACUUGCUUUUCAGCGCACCUUUCCUACUCCUGGAUGCGCUCGCCCGCCAUGUUUCCGCCGUGCGUCGGUACAGGAUCUCAUCCAGCGGCUCCGAGUCCGUGUGCCUCCGUCGCUGGCUGGACUGCUUCGGUCGAAUUCUGCUGAGAUAUAUCGGCAUCGUCCUACCAGCGAGCGCGGUUCUGCAGCGCCUGCGGACCCCUUGCCUUCCGCCAGACGCCCCAUCCUGCGCUCAGAUGCUGCUAGAGGUCGGGUUGUGUCUGCUCAUCUUUGACACGCUUUUCUUCAUUUGGCACGUCUUAAUGCACCGCGUCCCCUGGCUGUACGUGUGGGUGCAUCGGGACCAUCACCAGAACAGGGACACCUUCGCUCUUUCGGCGCAGGAUGCCAGCAUACCGGAGCUGCUGUCGCUCAAAGCCCUGGCAGUCGUCACUGCCGCCGCAGUCGGCUGCCAUCCUCUGAGCGAGAUCGUCUUCUACCUUCUCAACAUCUGGCUGGCUGUGGAGGACCACUGCGGAUAUGACCUACCCUGGUCCCUUCACAGACUCCUGCCUGGCUUUGGGGGGGCACCUUUCCAUUUGGCACACCACCAGAAGAAAAGAGGGAACUAUGCCCCUUAUUUCAAACAUUGGGAUAAAUUGUGUGGAACAUUCCUGACGGAGGAGGCGGAGUAGAUGCCUUCAGCCCUAGUGAUGUUUAACUUCAUGGCUGUGCAUCUCAAUGUGAGCUGUGCUGUACAUGCAAGUCGAUUAAUCACUGGAAUUUCUCUGAAUCACUUACCGUAAUAACUCCAGAGAGUGGGAAGUGCUACAAAUGAACAGAUGCAGGUAGAAUGUGAUUGUUAUCCAGAAGCGGACUUUAAACGGCUCAUCUCUCCACAACAUGUCACUGCCUAACAAUCUUUGCGAUCAUGAUUAAUAUAGUGGAGACUAAAAGUAUAUCAAAUAUCAGUCUUCAACAGCUAUUUCCAUUAAGCUUUUUUUCAGCUCUUAUAUUUCAUUAAGAUAACCUGAGUGAAGCAACCACAUAAAACACAUUUACAUUUCUAUUUAAUAGAUUUAUUUAUAUAUCUAUAUUUUUAUCAUUUAAUUAAAAUAUAUAGGUAGCAAAGACUGAACCUUGUCAGAGAUAUGGUGCAAUUUUUUUUUUGUAUCCAUAUGGUUUAGUUAAAUCUAAAAGCAUUAAAAUUUGAAAAUUAACUUAUAAAUUACUUGCAAAUGUAGGGCCGCAUGGUGGUGCAGUGGUUAGCACUGUUGCCUCACACCUCUGGGACCCCGGUUCGAGUCUCUGCCUGGGUCACAUGUGUGUGGAGUUUGCAUGUUCUCCCCAUGUCGUCGUGGGGUUUCCUCCCGGUACUCCAGUUUCCCCCCACAAUCCAAAAACAUGCUGGCUAAUUGGAGUUACUAAAUUGCCUGUGUGAGUGAAUGGUGUGUGAAUGUGCCCUGCGAUGGGCUGGCCCCCCAUCCUGGGUUGUUCCCUGCCUCGUGCCCAUUGCUUCCGGGAUAGGCUCCGGACCCCCCACGACCCAGUAGGAUAAGCGGUUUGGAAGAUGGAUGGAUGGAUGUAACAGACUAGACCAGGGGUCACCAACAUGGUACCACAUGAGUCACCUGCGGAACUGUUCUGAAAAUAGCACAACUCACCAGUGAGCAGCGUCUAAAAUUUAAUUUUUUCCUGUUGCUUGUAUUUAUAUAGAUUAUAAUAUUACUAUAUUAUUUAUAUACAAUAUCUAAAAAAAAAUUAAAAAAAGAAUUUAAAACAUGUUUAUUAUACAUGAAGUUUAGGAGGGUGUUUCAAACUGGU